GCUACCGGGCUGCGGGAUAAGACAGCCUCGUCACCCUCUGGCUGGCGCUUCCGAGUUCGUUCCAACGCUUGCUUCCUCCUCGCCGUAGCAAACCAACCAGCGAUGGGUUCCUCUGGAGGCAUCCGCUUCCGCCGUCGCGUCGGCUUGGUCCUCCUGCUGCUGGUCGUCGCGUCCCUCGGCGGGACGGCGCGCGCCAGGGAGGCGCAGCCGCUGCCCGAGGCGGCCGCGGCGGUCGGAACCAGGCGGGCGCCGGAGCGGCACGGGCUGGCGCUCGACUUCUACGCCAAGACGUGCCCCGCGGUCGACCAGAUCGUCGCCAACGUCACCGCCGCCCGCUACAGGGACUUCCCCGCCGCCGGGCCCGCCGUGCUCCGCCUCUUCCACCACGACUGCUUCGUCGAGGGCUGCGACGCGUCCAUCCUGAUCGCGCCGACGGCCAGCGCCGCCGCCGCCGCGCCCAAGGUGGAGCGCGACAUGGAGGAGAACAGGAACCUGGCGCAGGAGGCGUUCGACACGGUGGAGCUGGCCAAGGCCGCCGUGGAGAGCAGGUGCCCCGGCGUCGUCUCCUGCGCCGACGUCCUCGCCCUCGCCGCCCGGGACUACGUCCAGCAGGCUGGUGGGCCGUACUACGCGGUGAAGAAGGGCCGGAAGGACAGCAAGGUGUCCCUGGCGGGGAAGGUCCGCGGCAGCCUGCCCCGCGCCAACUCCACGGUGGACGAGCUCCUACGCGUGUUCGCCGGCAAGGGCCUGGGCGCGGCGGACCUGGUGGCGCUCUCCGGCGCGCACACCGUAGGCUUCGCGCACUGCGUCCACGUGCUGGGCCGCAUCUACGACUUCCGGGGCACGCGGCGGCCGGACCCGCUCAUGGACGCCCGCCUCGUGAAGGCGCUCCGCAUGUCGUGCCCGUCGUCCGGCGGCAGCGCCCGCGUGGUGGUGCCCUUCGACGUGAGCACCCCGUUCCAGUUCGAUCACGCCUACUACGCCAACCUGCAGGCGAGGCUGGGCCUGCUGGGGUCGGACCAGGCGCUGUUCCUGGACCCGCGGACCAGGCCGCUGGUGCAGGAGCUCGCCGGCAACAAGACACGCUUCUUCCAGGCGUUCGUGGCCAGCAUGGACAGGAUGGGGGCCAUCCGGAUCAAGAAGGGCAGGAAGGGGGAGGUCAGGAAGGUCUGCAGCCAGCACCUGCUUCCGGUCUGAUCUCGAUCGACCAUCAUCCCCGGCUUCGGCUUGCAUCCGAUCCGUGCGUUGUCGCUUGUCGGGGUUUCAGUGUCAGUUGAUCAGCGCGUGGCAGCAUAUACAGGAAAAGAUAGCUGGUUCAUGGUCACGGUUGGAGCUCCUUUCAGUGUAGUUAGAGCAGCUGUCUCUGCUGUAUAUGGCAGCUUAUUAGAGAGUAGCUUUCAGGUUCUUUUUUGUGUCGCGUGUUUGUGCAGGAGGUGCAGGUAUCUAGGGCAGGGCUUUCUCUCUUCCGUCGUGUGCUUUUUUUCAUUUCCCCCUCUUGAGGUGUUCUCCUUGAUUGGGCGUGCCGGUUAAUUUGCACGAAGCACGCCUGCUGUGUGAGUGUGAGUGUGAGUGUGUCUCUGUGUGGCAUUCCAUUUGUUUGAUUCGACUACAGAGUGCAGAGCAGAGUACUACUUGUGCAA